CAGUGUUGCAAGCACAGUGAAUAUUUGGUUCAUAACUGUGGACAGUAGGAAGAACACCAGCUUUGGAGUCAGUUCAGACCUGUGUCUGCUGCAUUGCUGAAAUCUUGGGCAAGUCUUUCAGCCUGGUAUGGCAGAAAAACCAUUGUGUAUGCCCACACAAAUACCCCAUGAUGAAGAUACACAAAGAGGAGAUAGUGUCCGUUGCUUAACAAUGCUUGGUCAUUUUGGUUUUGAAUGUUUGCCUCAUCAGUUGGUAAACCAAUCUAUUCAACAAGGAUUUUCUUUUAAUAUUCUCUGUGUGGGGGAAACUGGAAUUGGAAAAUCAACACUCAUCGACACAUUAUUCAAUACUAAUUUGAAAGACAAGAAAUCCUCACAUUUUUACUCAAAUGUUGGACUUAAAAUUCAGACAUAUGAACUUCAGGAAAGUAAUGUUCAAUUGAAAUUAACUGUUGUGAAAACAGUGGGAUACGGUGAUCAAAUAAACAAAGAAGCCAGCUACCAACCUAUAGUUGAAUAUGUAGAUGCUCAAUUUGAGGCCUAUCUUCAAGAAGAAUUGAAAAUUAAACGUUCCUUCAUUGACUACCAUGAUUCCCGUAUACAUGUGUGCCUUUACUUCAUUUCACCUACAGGACAUUCUUUGAAGUCCAUUGAUCUGUUAACUAUGAAGAACAUUGACAAUAAGGUGAACAUUAUACCAUUGAUUGCCAAAGCAGAUACAAUUUCUAAAAACGACUUACAGAAAUUCAAGUGUAAAAUAGUGAGUGAAUUGGUUAGUAAUGGCAUCCAGAUAUAUCAGUUCCCAACAGAUGAUGAAACUACUGCUCAGGUGAAUUCCUCAAUGAAUGGACAAUUACCUUUUGCUGUAGUAGGGAGUAUGGAUGAAGUGAAAGUUGGAAAAAGAAUGGUCAGAGGCCGUCAGUACCCUUGGGGAGUUUUACAAGUGGAAAAUGAAAAUCACUGUGACUUUGUCAAGCUCCGGGAUAUGCUUCUUUGUAUAAAUAUGGAAGACCUGAAAGAACAAACUCACACUCAGCACUAUGAACGUUAUAGGUGCUGCAAACUGGAGAAAAUGGGCUUUACUGAUGUGGGCCCAGACAACAAGCCACUUAGUUUCCAAGAGAUCUAUGAAGAUAAAAGACAAAAGUUCUAUGAUCAAUGUCAGAGGGAAGAAGAAGAAUUGAAACAAAAGUUUAUGCAGCGAGUAAAGGAUAAAGAAACAACAUUUAAAGAAUCUGAAAAAGAGUUACAAGAAAAGUUUGAGCAUCUUAAACGAGUCCAACAAGAGGAGACAAUGAAACUUGGGGAGAAGAGAAGACAAUUGGAAGAAGAAAUAAUGGAUUUUUAUAAAUUGAAGGCUGUUUCUGGAACAUUACAGACUCUGGUGUGCACCAAUAUAAAGAAGGAGAAAGAUCUGACGUGUCUAGUAAGAAGUUGUUCUGGCUGAGGUGAAAGAGGUUCCUGCCUGUUUUCUGCUCUAGGAGUUUGAUGGUUCCCUGUCUCACAUUAGGUAGUUCAUCCAAUUUUUGAAUAUUUUUGUGUGUGUAUGUUGUAAGAAAGUGGUCCAGUUUCAUUCUUUUGCAUGUAACUGUCGUUUUUCUCAACAGCAUUUGUCAAAGAGACUGUUUUUUCCCCAUUGUAUCUUUUUUCCUGCUUUGUCAGAGAUGAGUUGAGCAUUUAGUUGUGGGUCCAUUUCUGGGUUUUCUAUUCUGAUCCAUGGAUUUAUGUGUCUGUUUUUGUACCAGUACCAUACUGUCUUGACUACAGCUUUGUAAUAUAGCUUGAUAUCAGGAAUCAUGAUGCCUGUAGUUUUUUUCUCUCUUGCAGGAUUGCUUUGGCUAUUUGGGGUAUUUUUUGUUUCCAUACAGAUUUUAGGAUUGUUUGUUCUAGCUCUGCAAAGAAUGCUGGUGGUAUUUUGAUAGGUAUUGCAUUAAAUGUGAUUACUUUGGGCGAUACAAACAUUUUAACAGUGUUUGUUCUUCCAAUCCAUAAGCAUGAAAUGUUUUUCCAUUUCUUUCAUAAUUCUUCUAGAGUUAUCAGUACAGAUUUUUACCUCUUUAGUUAGGUUUAUUUCUAGUUAUCUUAUUCAUGGUACAAUUGUAU